AUGUUUAGCUUAACGCCCUUCUCUGCCUCUAGUGAUAGCGAUAGCGUUUGUACUAAGUGCCAGCUAGUUAGCUGUUUGGUGGAGAAGGUCGACCAGUUAGAAGUGCGUAUCCGGGGAUUAUUAAGGGAUAGGCAGCCAGAGGCAGCGUUAGCAGCCCCCGGUACCCUAGGGAGAGUUAGCACCCCCUCGACUCCGGCGUCAGAGCCCUCACAGCGGGGCGAAUGGGUGACGACUCGGCGGCCUAGCCGGAAAGCUAAGGCUAAUGCUAACGCUGAGGCCAAAGCUAGCCCACCGGAACACCACGCUCCUCCCAUUCACGUGUCAAACAGGUUUGCCCCGCUCAGUGAAGCACCCACUGUGGAGCCUGUUAAAAGCACUCUGGUCAUAGGAGACUCGAUUGUUCGACACAUGAAGUUAGCUACUCUGUUAGGGGCGCCAGCGGUUACAGUUAAAUGUUUAUGGGGAGCCAGAGCGCCGGACAUUAGUGGCAACCUUAGAUUAGCUGAUAAGAGAUAUUCGAGGAUAGUUUUUCAUGUAGGGGCCAACGAUAUUCGUCUGCGGCAGUCAGAGAUAACUAAGGCUAAUAUUAGAGAGGUGAUUAAACAGGCCCAGACGAUGUCCGAUGCCGUGAUCUGCUCUGGCCCCAUCCCAAUGCGGCGCGGCGCUGAGGCCUACAGCAGGCUUGCGGCGUUAAACUGCUGGAUGUCCAAGUGGUGUUCCGAAAAUCAAGUGGGCUUUAUAGACAAUUGGUUACGAUUUGAGGGCAAGCCUGGUCUUAUAGGUAGGGAUGGUGUCCACCCCACGCGGGAGGGUGCUGCCUUACUUUCGUGCAGCAUAGUGAUAACAAUCACCCCCUCCCCAUCUCUACCCCUUACAUCUCUACUCAUAUUCUCCUUCUACAACCCCUCCUUAUCCCUCCUCAAACUUCUUUUCCUCCUCCUUACUCCCCCUUAA